ACUUGUGUCAUAGCUGGAAAGCACCCACUGCCAGUACUGAAAAUCUAUAGUUCACGUUACGUAUACUAUAGAUUUUCAAGUAUUGACAGUAAUGUUAAAAUGCAGCUUAUAUAUUCCGAGUAAAAUUUUCCCCACGGACGGCGCGGUGGAAUGAACGUUUUAAAACCUAACCCAACCUAUGAAUACUGACCUUCUCGGGAAUACUCGACCGUGAUUGAUGGAAUUUGCUCGUAUCUUUUACACUUUUCUGUGUAUAGUGUGGUACGGUCCAGAAUCUAGUUCUUUUCUUGUGCCAUUGGCCCUAAAUAUAUCUUUUUGCACUCUUUGAUAGUUUGAUAUUGUUUUGUUAUAACGUCUGUCGCGAAUAAGAGCAUAGAUAGAGGUUAAUAGAGAGGUGCCACAGGUAUUUGGUUGGUGAAAUGUGAAAGAAGAAAAUCUUCAAGAUUUGUGCGAUUUGUGUACACAAGAGAAAUUGAACUUACACAUUACAAUAGCACAUUUUUCCUUGGACGAAAGGAAAAGGGAACACCCUUAUGUCUACCCUGUCUACCCUUAUUAUUAAUAAUAGAUGCGGGUUAAAAUUAAAGGAAAUCUCUGUGUGACUGACUUCAUUCUUUACACAUUGUCUGUAUGUAGAUCGUUGAAUCAAGAUAUUAAAUAAUACAACAUGGCAAAAAUGCCAAUUCGAAAAGUCAAGAGGGUCAGCGUAUUGACUAAAAGGGCGCAGUGUUUGGGAAAACACUACAAGGAGCGAUCCUAUAGACCAUUGUAUGAGAAAUUGAAACACAACAACAAUUACUUAGCCAAGGCGCUCUCAAAAGAAAAACAAAACAGUCAGGCAUUAUUCACACAAAAUGUAGAACUAAUUGGAGAGAUUCAACAGUUAAAUCUAGUAUGCAACACACGAAAUACUGUAAUUUCUAAUGUACUGAGUAAUGCAAAAGAAAUACUGAAAAUGUUGGUCACAAUGACUGGAUACAUGACAAAUACUAUUUCCAUGUGCCAAGAACUUGUUACUUCCAAUACUGCUGUAAGACUGUCAUCUACUUCAACUGGAAGAAAAGAAUCAUCCAACAGACUGUCGACAAAAUCACCAGCUAAAGGUGUAGUAAAACCUAUGGUGAGCGGCCACACUAUUACCAAACCUACAAUUAAUUUAAGUCGAGUUAAUAUGGAGAGUAUUAAUAAUAUAUCGAGACUGAGUGACAUACAAGAAGCAACUACCCCUACUAGAAGUACAGAAAUGAACGAGACUAGAUCACCAAUUAUUUCUUUGCCCUCUACACCCUUGAGAUAUGAAAAUGGUCGUACGUGCAGAUUGCCAGAAAGAUUAACAAUUUCAUCACCUCGAGUUAAUGCAACAGACGAACAAAGAUUAAGAAGAAGAAGGAGAAGCCGCCAUUCAAAACGAUUGUCAGUAUCUUUUUCGCGAUCGCGAAAUAGAUGGUCCAAUGAAACUCAGUCAAGUACGGGACAUGUUGACAUAAUUGGCACCAACAUUGACAUCGAAAAUCAGGAGAGUAAUGAUGGUACGGCUCAUAAUCUAUCAGACAGAAUAAAUGCGAUGUCAGAGUCACAGGUGUCUGUCAACGAAGAGAAUAAAACUCAAGCAGACGUGUCAAAAAAAGAAAAAAGUAAUGUACAAAUAACAAGUAAGGUCUCUAACAAAGAUUUUAAUCGGAGUGCGACGGAAAACCCGAAACUAUCGCAAAAUAAUACUCGAACUUGGGAGGAAGAAGAUCCUCUGGAAGGUCCAAGUUGGUUGUUCGACAAUACCAUGCCAUCGCGGGAUAAUGAGCCAGAGGAACUCGAGUCCAUUAAUGACUCCGAUGUUAACAACAACACAUCACAAAUAAUGAUGGACGACGAUUCCAGCGUUACGGAAAGCAACGAAGAGAUAUCGAACACUACAGAUACGCCACCAUCGGAGAGAGACGCGGCGCCCAUUGUCGAUGGUUCCGACUCUAACUCUUCUUAUCACGAAGCAGAUACUAGUAUUAACGAGCUACUUCCGGCAGCGAAUGUGUCCAAGGAAAUGCGUGAAAGGAGUUCUGAUAGCGAUGAUAGUAACGCAGAUGGUACGAUGAAAUUCACAAGAUUCGUGACGCUGAGACGAGGGCCCUCCGAAGUGCCGGAAGAGUCAGAAGAAGACUUUACCUUGAUGUUGCGUUCACCAGUGCAAAAUAUGCAAUUCAACAUUAACGAGUUUCGAUUGCCCGUUUUGGAGGAAUCCAAUGUAAUAAACAACUCCGCUGUUAAAAACGAAAAUGACACCGAAUUAACCGCUGCGAUACCAAACGUUACGAAAAUUCCGGUGGAGUCUGUGUCGAAUCGAAGCUUGAACGAAUCUGACUACAAUCACAUCACGAUAAAAGUGCCGUUAAUUGUAAUUAAUGAUCACCAGAGAACGGCGACAUCGCAUAAGACAAAGCAUUCCAGUAAAAGCGUUAAAAAAUUGAAUACAAAAGUGCGAACGAGUUCCACGGAAAAAUCUUCGACUUCAUCUAAUACAAAGAAAUCGAGAAGCAGUCUAAAAAAAAGUCGAGAUCCGAGCAUGGCGAAAGUCGUAUUGGAGAAGCUCAAUGAAUCUCAUGUUAAAUCGGGAAGAUCAUCCAAUGAUACUUCUAUUAACAAUCUAACGAAAGACACGUCCGAUGAAGAUCGAGACUCGGAAAGCAGCACUUACACUUCAAGUCGUCCUAGACGAAGAAAGGCACCGGUGAACUUGAAAGAACCUAAAUUGAAUAAAAAACUGAGACGAGGAUAAAAAGAACUGAUAUGUGUUAUCAAGAUUUAAUGAAAGAAUUGUUAUUAGUAUUAUCGACAUCGACAUCAGUAUGAUACUGCUAAAAUCUUUUCCAUAUCUAUCGAGUUUCAACAGAGUAAUAUAAACAAAUCUGUACUACAAAUUAUCUGUAUUAUAAAUUAUCCGAAUAGCUGUUAAAUUUCUAAAUUAAUUGUAUUUGUUAGUUGAUAUCUUGGGGGAGUCAACGAUUGAUUCGACUGACCUAAUAGUCUCGCGGGAAUGUUACAUUUCCGAUAUAUUACUUCUUCGACUGAUACAUCAUACAUACUAUAAUAGGCCUGCUGUAUUUUAAACAUUAAUACGUACAUACGCAUCAUAUGCCAUAUAUCUUCCUUCUACAGUAUUAUUGGUACAUUAUCAUAUUCGUUUAUAUCUUAUUAGAAUUAUUUUAAUAAAUAUAAUUACAGCGUAGAUUGAAAGUAAAUUGUUUUGCUUCAUCCUCUGCUUUAACAUUUAAUUCACGAUUACAAUAUUCGUUUUCUUAUAUAAAUAGCGUAUUAUUUAAUAUUCAAUAUUUCUUUAUUAUAUAUAUAGUUAAGUGUGCGAAUUAAUACAAUGUUAUUUUAUUCGAUGUCUUAUAACUCCGUUUUAAAAUGAAAUAUUUUCCUGUUCUCUUGCAGUUUAUAAAUGUGUACCAUUAAUUGUAAGUACUCAAAACAUACUUUGGUAAAGCAAGCGAUUUAAUUUUGCGAAAUAGCAGUGUAAAAAUGCUGCUGAAGCUACGGAAAUGAUUUAUUGCGCUCUGGAUAAAGACAUAGUGACAUAUAAAAUGUGCGAAAAAAUGAAACAGAAAUUUUGGAAUAAAAAUUUUGAUCUUUCAAAUCAAGAACGUCCAGACCAACCAAAAAAGUUUGAAAAGGAGGAAUUCAAUUGUUAAAUGAAAGUUUUGCUCAAACUCAACAAAAGUUUUUGUUACAACUGGGAGUUACCUACCAAUACACAUCUUAUUAUCUACAUCAACUCGCAAAAAUUCAAAAAGCGGAUAGAUGAAAUUCGAUAAUCUUAGAAAUUGUAUAUUUUUUUUCCAAAUUUUUUCUGAUUUCUACUAAGUCGAUGCGUUUUAUUGUUGUCGACAAUUAGGCAUACGUAUUGUAUAAUAUGUACAUUUUUUUAAAAUAUACUUGUAAUCAAUAGUUA